AUGGACCCCCCGGGACCCAGCCCCUCGUCUCGGCGCCGCCGCGGCAGCUCUCCGAGACCGACCCCCCCCUUUCGGAACGACAGCUCCCCUUCCGAAGCGGCGGUCCGAUUCUCCGUGCGCCGCUUCGACCCCAGAAAUCCCCGACGCGGCCAAACUACUGGCGACUUCGACUGGGGGGCGGGAGAGAUGGGCAGCAAGGGGCGUUUUCCAGAAGCGGCAGCGGAGGCAGCAGUGCUUGUGGAGGGGCUGGAGGGUCUUCGGAGGGCCGGAGGGGGCAUGGGUGGGACAGCCGCAGAUGCGUCUGUUGGCCGCGUCCGGGGCCGCGCAAAAAACUCGCACGAGAACUCGGGGAUGAGCGAAGGAACGGGGAAGGCUGGAUUUCCCCUUCUUUUCUAUUUUUGGCGGGGGGGGCGGGGGGCCGGGUGGGUGACAACGGAGGGAGCUGUCGAGAGAAGCGACUCGAGGCUACAGGUUCGGGAAGAUCGGACAGGGGCCGCCGUGCCGUUCGCGAGGCGGCCUGGCAGCGGAACGCGAUGCGAAGGAGCGGCGGAGCGCCCUCGCCUGGCUGCAGAGAACCAGUUGCGCCCCCCGUGUCGCCGCGGCGGUCUGCGAGAGUUGCGGAACGGUUUCGGGGCCCUCACGGAGGGUGUCGUGGUUGUGGUCCGGGACGUGCUGCCCUUGAAAAUGGGGCAAGGGCUGUCGCCGCGCCCCGCUCUUUGUUCGGGACCCAGGGUGGACGGCCCUGCUAGCGUAGACACCGGCCAGUCGAUCAGCGACGUCAUUUUUGAUGUCGUGCUUCUUUUGUGGCGAUUUUUGGAUUUUGUGGCAAAUUGUGGGAAAAUUCACACGAAGGCGGACCCGUUCCAAGUCCACAAGUGGGCUGUCGUGGCUUUGGUGGACAGGGCGCCACAGGCCUCCAGAUCAGAGAUGUCUGCAGAGGGCCCAAGAAGGGCCACCUCCAUGCGGAGGAGUCUGUCCCGGCUGUGGUCGAUCGGCUCCACUCGAGAUGCGAUCUACGACACCAGCGACGCCCUGGUGCACGGCAGCUCGAGCAAGAAGCAAGAUAUCCCGUGGAUAGUCUCUCAAAUGGAGGAGGAGGACGUGGAUCGCCAGGAGCUGGCCGCGGUGCUCUUGGCAGAGUUGGUUGCUGCGGACAAGAGUGUCAUCGACGCAUUUAUUCGCGAGAACGGGCUGGCGCCUCUGAUUGACAUCCUGGAGGGUGGCACUGAUCGUGCCAAGGAGCGCGCCACGAAGGUGGUUGCUGCAAUCGCGGGCUCAAGGGAGUGGGGGGAUGCUUUUGUGGACGCUGGGGGGGUGGAGGUGCUGGUGGGACGGCCGUUGAGGUCCAAGAAUGCAGUCAGGCGGAGAUUGGCUCUGGCGGCAACGCUGGAGCUGAUGGAGCGGGCCCCCAUUGAGGGGGGGAAGGAUAAGGGUGUGGUGGGCCAGGUGGCGGCAUUUGAUGGGAUCUUGCCGUUGGUUAAUUUGGCGGGCAGCGGGGAUAGGGAGGAGAGGAGGAAGGCGGCAAAGGCGAUUGGGAUUCUGUCCGAGGGAAAGGCGCCCAUUCCGGCAAUGGUUGCGAUCAGUGGUGGCGUGAAGGUGAUGCUGAGGCUGUCGGAGGCGAGGGGGGAUGCGGAGAGGAAAAUGGCAGCAAGAGCCCUGGCGAGAUUUAGUGACAUGAGGGAGAGCCAGGACGAGCUCGUGGCUCAGGGGGGCGUGCCGCCGCUGCUGAGGCUGCUGGGGGAUGCAGAGGAGGAGUGCCGGGCGAAGGCUGCGCUAGCAUUGGCCAACUUGAGCAUGAGGGGCAGGGGCAGGCGAGCAAUGGGCCGCUGCGGCGCUGUGGAUGAGUUGGUUGAGGCGCUGGAGGGGUUUGAGAGGUGGCCGGGAGUGGUGGCGAUGGCAGGCUGCGCGCUGUGCAAUCUGGCACAGGACGAGGGGAACAGGGAGGCGAUGGUGGAGAGGGGGGCCGUGUCCCUGUUGCUGCGGAUUUUGGACGAGUCGGAUGAUGGGGCGCAGAAGGUGGCGCUGGCGGCGCUGGGGAACCUGGCCCGCAGCAAGGGCCCCAGGGGGGCGAUAGUGGGGGCGGACGGCGGCAUCGCUCUGGCCCUGAUCGUGGAAAAGUUGGCCGACACGGACCCCGUGAAGGCGCAACGGGCGGCGCGGGCGCUGUCGAACCUGGCGAUCAGCAAGACGGCCCACGAGGGGAUCGUUGAGGCGGGGGCGAUACGACAUCUGGCAGGGCUGUUGCAGUCGGGCUGGGGAGAGAUGCGGAGGGUGGUGGCGGGGUGCCUGGCCUCCCUAGCAGUCAACCUGGAGUGCAAGAAGGACAUCGCCGAUUAUGGAGUUAUACCAGGACUAGUGGCAAUGCUGACGGGAGAACAUGCGGAGCAGGCGGCCUUUGCGAUCGCCACACUCCUGGAUGGCAUCGAGGUGCUCUCUGCCGAUGUCACUGACCGCAUCAUCGCCAGCGUGGCAGCAGAUGAGGGCAUCCCCCGCCUCUCCCUGCUCCUUGCCUCAAAGUCUGGAUAUUCAAGCCUGCAUGCAGCACGCGCGAUCGCCAGCCUAUCGGAUUCGACGACUGCCAUCAGAAUGGAGGUCGGGUGCUCAGGGGCAGUGGCCAAUCUGGCAGGCCUGCUGGUGGAAGACAACACUGACCUGAGGUACAGCGCCGUGAGGGCGCUGGCGGGCCUGUCGCGCGUGGAAGAGAACCGGGAGGCCAUCGGCGAGAGCGGAUGCGUCAGAUGGCUGAUCCAUUUGAUGCACACAGGCGAUGACAAGGUUCGAAAGCUGGCAGCGUCGACCCUCUCCAAUGUGACCUUUUUGUACGGCGUCGAUCAAUGGCGACAACAGGCGACGCUGGCGGGGCCCUCUGGGCAAUCCGACAAGGGCUGCUCAGAGGCAGUCGUGCCAGCAUGUGGGACGGUGGAGGUGGCCAAUGUGCAGGGGAUGAGCACACCUGCGAUGGUGGCAGAGGGGCACGUGGGACAGGCGGAGGGCGAGUCCGAGGAUGGCUCACCAUCAGCGCAAGGAGGCAGCGGCGCGCCGGUGGUCGCCAUCGGCACGUGGUUCCGCGAACGGAACGGCGGGUCGGUGCUCGGGCCAGCCGAACUGGACAGCCUGCGUCGCUUGCCAGACCGUUUGCUGCAGGCCAUCGCCGUUGAGAUCGGGAGCGGCCCCGCGCAAAGCAACUGA